GCAGGGCAGUUACUCCUGUGGCUGUCGGGCUCCUCUUCUGGAGUGGCGGAGAUGGCAGCGAACUUCGCCUGCAGCUUCGCUGCACUUUGCUGUUUGGCACUCUGGAGCUUCACCAGGACUUCAGGCGGUACACAUGUUACACCACCCCACUCAACCAUAAGACCUGGCUUCCCAGUCCCAGUGAGCACCAACAACCCCGAGGUCCGCAAGGCAGCUCGCUUUGGGGUCUACAGAUACAACAACAGCUCCAAUGACCUCUUCCUCUUUAAGGAAUCACAGAUAAAGAAAGCCAUGGUACAGAUAGUCAGAGGGCUGAAGUACAUGCUUCACGUGGAAAUCAAACGCACCGUGUGUGAGAAGAGGGAUCACCCCAGCCUGGACAGCUGUCACUUCCAGAGGGAAAAAAACCUGCAACAGAUGCUGAGAUGCUAUUUUGAGGUCUGGAUAACACCUUGGACACACAAAGUGCAUAUCCCUGUUGUUCACUGUCACCAAGACCUUUCCCCGUGAGAGCCUGACUUAGAGAAUCUCCUACCAUGAGUUUUUCCUUGCCUGGACUGCUGAGGUCAAUACUGAAGUGGGGAACAGCUGUACAGAACUGCACAGAGCUGUUUUCUCAAACCAUAUCGUUGUUUUUUUCCUUGAGAAAGAAACUCAAAAGACAAGGCCUGCCUUGACUGAAUGUCUUGCUAUCCAGUUGUGUAUCUGUUUUUCCAAAA